AUGCCCCGUGCCAUCAAAUACAAGUACGUGACCACCGACGGACUCCCUCCGCUGGAUGGCCUCCCGCCGGAAUUGGCUUUUGCAGGGGAACAGGGACUGGCAUUAGCACUGGCACUGGGACGGGGACAACGACAUGAAGAAUAUGGAUAUGGUGUCAGGACUGCUAGUGCUAUAGGCAAUGGCAAUGACAAUAGUAAUGGCAAUGGAGAUGGCCAUCAAUCUGGUUGUCCUCUUUCUUCACCACCACCUCCUCCUUACUGUCCUGCUGAUCCUCCACCCCCCUAUAUGCCGACGCAGGAGCAACAGCCAAGACAACCGCAGCGAGGAACGACGAGAACAGCUGAUAGAGGCCGUUGUACAGGGGAUAUUCAGGAUCCAGUGGUGAUCAACUUGAAUAUGGGGACAAACCACCAUCAUCAUUAUCAUUGUCAUUGUUAUUGUCAUUCCUCUGUUCCUCUGAAUAACGCUCCCACUGAAACUGAUACUGAUACCAUACUGUUUCAGCCUCAUACUCAUAUCUGUACUUAUCCUCCUACAUAUUCUCACUAUCCUCCUCCUUCCUCACUCUCCUCCAUCUCUGGUAAUUCUCAUACCCAGCAGGGUGGUGGCUUUAGCUGCUCAUUAUGUCAAUCCCAUCAGAUACCCACAGCAGGGAGGAACAGUCCUACUGCAGCACUACCAAUUGGCUCCAUCAUGAGGGAGAUUCCUCUGAUGAUUCCAUUCCCAUUCUCAUCAUCGGGAACACAGGGAGAUCCGGUAAUGAAACCAAACCUGGACCUAGGCCUAGGCCUAGGAUUUGGAUACAUCUUCCCUGAACACCACACAACCAUCCACCUGAUCGAGCCCGAAUACCUGCCUUUCAACCACCAUCAGGAUCAUCAGUCACGACCAUUCCGCUUCUGCGCGUACAACGUUGCUACUUCUCUGACUGUCGCGGAGUUUAUGAGAAGGGCGUGCUUCUACCACCACCACCACAGGAGCGGAAAGCAUACCGGGAUAAUGGAUCCAGGUGCUGCUGGCGACAGGGUAUACGCCUACUGCAUAACGGAAUGUAUCGAACUCGGCGACGGACGAUGGGGUCGAGGCCAGGAAUUUUGCAUUGCUGCUGGUGGUGGUGACAGGUGUCUCCAGGCGGAGGUCCAGUCUUUGACGCUGGCGGAUGUCGGGUGGGAUGAAACCAGGGCCACGAAACCGGUGUGGAUCGCGACGACGGUGGUGUGGCAAUGA